ACGCUUUUCUCCUUUCCCUUUCCCGUCGCCGCCCAAUCCGCCAGCCACAACCCCACCCCACCCCCAACCCCGCCCCCGGCCUGCUAUUUCUCUGCCCCACGCGCCUGCGUGCGCCCCCUCCUCCCCCCACCUUCCCCGACCCCGACCCGCGCCAGCGGCGAACAUGGCGGGCCGCCGCGGCGCCGCCCUGCUCCUGCUGGCGCCCCUCCUCCUCCUCCUCGCCGGCGCCGCAGCGGGAGAAGCCGUGGAGCCGCAUCCGCACGACGACGCGCCGGCCGCGCAGCCCCAGCUGCCGCUCCUCAUCAAGCUGCCCACCGCCGCGGACAAGGGAGGCGACGAGGCCGUGGAGCUGCGGUGCGCGAGCUGGAGGACGGCGGGGGAGGCCAACAACCUGUCCCCCUGGGCGGCCGUGCCUCCGGACUGCGUGCCCCACGUGCGCGCCUACCUCACCGGCCCCGCCUACCGCUCCGACCUCGACCUCGUCGCGCGGGAGGCCUCCGCCUACGCCCGCUCCGCCGCCGCCUCCACCGGGGACGCCGCCGCCUGGGUCUUCGACGUCGACGAGACGCUGCUCUCCAACCUCCCCUACUACGCGCAGCACGGAUACGGGCUGGAGCUGUUCGACCACCGCGAGUUCGACCGGUGGGUGGAGACGGGGGAGGCGCCGGCGAUCCCCUCCAGCCUCCGCCUCUACAGGGAGGUCCGCGCCCUCGGAUUCAAGACCUUCCUCCUCACCGGCCGCAGCGAGGCCCACCAGGGCGUCACCGUCGACAACCUCAGGAAACAGGGCUUCCACGACUGGGACAAGCUCAUUCUCAGGGCAGCGGCUGACCGGACGAAAACGGCGACGGACUACAAGUCGGAGAAGAGGAAGGAGAUGGAGGCGGAGGGGUACAAGAUCCUGGGCAACUCGGGUGACCAGUGGAGCGACCUGCUGGGCUACUCCAUGAGCGCCCGCUCCUUCAAGCUCCCCAACCCAAUGUACUACAUCCCCUGACACAACACAACACAACAGAGCAAACAUGAUUGGUGGGCGUAGUGUGAUGAAUGCAGCGUUUAUUUAUCUGGCGCAUUCUUCGCGCCGGCCAAGUUGAUUGAACCAUGUAGGCGUACUGACUGACUGAGUGUGCAAAUCAAAAUUGUGAAUGAAAUUGAGAUGGAAGAAUUUGUGCUGUGCAAAGUUGUGAUUGAUGAGAUGAGAGCUGUUGCUGCUUUGAAAUGAAAUGAAAUGUUGACUUGA